UAGCAUUUAUAGUGAUGCAAGUUGGACUUGUGUUUUCUUAUAUCCCUAUAUCCAUGUGUACUUUGCGAAUAUGUGUGCAAAAAAAUAAAUAUGGGAAAAAGGUCGGAGAGAGGAGUGGGUGAAAAAUUGUAGGUGUGGUUGCUGACGAUGAAUCAGGCUGAAGUCGCAUCUGAAGAUUCAAAGCUGAAUGUUCCUAGUGUACAAAAAGUUCACGUGACUGUUUUCUACGAGGCUCUGUGUCCCGAUUCUCGUAGCUUUUUUGUGAAACAACUGCUUCCCACUUUUGAGCAGAUAUCAGAAAAUAUGGAAAUCGAAUCAAUUCCUUACGGAAACGCCAAGACCACAAAAACCGAUGAUAGUUACAAAUUUGAUUGCCAACACGGUCCUACCGAAUGCGAAGCAAAUAUGAUUCAUGCGUGUGCAAUAGAGGCGAUAAAGGAUCCGAAACAACAGUUAGAGUACCUGACCUGCAUGAUCAAACGAAAUCAUGAACCCCAGGAAAUCAUGAAAUCUUGCGCCAAGGAUAUGAGUAUAAAAUAUCAACCAAUUCUCGAAUGUUUCAACGGAAAGCAUGGAAAAGAGUUAUUAGCCAAAUAUGGUGAAAUUACGGAAAAAAACAAGAGUGAAAUCACCUUCAUCCCGACGAUUUCUCUCGAUCAGAGUUUCAGCAACCAGCCAGCAAUACUCAAGAAUUUGUUGAAACAGGUUUGUCUUCUCUUAAAAAAUUUGCCGAAAGCUUGUAGCCAGUGAUGCAAAUCUGCCACUUGUUAUAAAUCAUAUUUUUUUAA